UUAUGGAGGUGGUCCAACCCAGUUGCCAUGGAGAAGAUACCGAAACAGAAACAGGUACAAGCACGAGAAGCAUUUGGCGCCGGCGGAAAUGCCGAAACCAUGGGGCAUGGGCCCCCGAUUUUAUGUCUCUACUCUCUACUCGGCCAAGUGCCGGCGGUGCUUUUCGUCGUUUUCAGCUACCUACUUUUCUCAUAUGCUCACUGAUUGAACAACUUUAGAGAAUGCGAUAUUUUGAAACGGAAGAGUUGCAGCUACCCGCUAUGUAAGAGAGAGCGAAGUUUUCUUCCGUUUCACGUCAGUUGAGGAAUUUCUCUGCAAUUCAAUGGAGGAUUUCGAUUGGAUUCUGGUGAAGGAGCUUACAGACGCAGAUAUGUGGAGUCCGAGCUCGGGAAGUACAACGGAGAGUUCGAAACCUCUCGAGAUUAGGUUCAACGAGCCGGCAAAGCUUUGGACCGAUGCUCUGCCUAUUGGAAACGGUCGUCUCGGCGCCAUGGUCUGGGGCGGUGUUGCAUCUGAGACUCUCAAUCUCAACGAGGACACUUUGUGGACUGGAAUUCCUGGGGAUUAUACUGAUCCAGAUGCUCCAAAAGCACUGGCUGAGGUUAGAAAACUUGUUGAUGAUGGCCAAUAUGCACAGGCUACUGAAGCUGGACGGAAAUUAGUAGGUAAACCAAAUGAGGUUUACCAGCUCGUUGGAGAUAUAAAGCUGGAAUUUGACGCUUCUCAUGCAAAUUAUAAUGAAGAAACAUAUCAGAGAGUGCUGGACUUGGAAACUGCAACUGUGAAAGUAAAAUAUUCGACGAAUGACAUAGAAUUUACAAGGGAAUAUUUUUCCUCAAAUCCAGAUCAAGUGAUAGCAAUAAAGAUAUCUGGAAAUAAACCAGGCUCUCUUAAUUUCACAGUGUCCUUGGACAGUCAAAUGCAUCAUCACUCAUAUACAAAUGGUAAAAAUCAGAUAAUAAUGGAAGGAAGUUGCCUUGGUACACGGAUACCUCCCCAAAAAAAUGCGACUGAGAGUCCUCAAGGUAUUCAAUUUUCAGCAGUUCUUGAUAUACAGAUCAGUAAUGGGUCAGGGGCUCUAAAUGUUUUGGAUGAGCAGAGGCUUCAGGUCAAGGGUUGUGACUGGGCCAUCAUACUUUUGACCGCCUCAUCCUCAUUUGAUGGACCAUUCACCAAGCCAUCAGAAUCAAAAAGGGAUCCCAUUUCAGAGUCCCAAAAAACAUUGAUUUCUAGUAAAAGAUUUUCAUAUUCAGAAAUUUAUUCACGCCAUGUGGAUGACUAUCAAAAAUUGUUCCAGCGUGUCUCGCUGAACCUUUCCAAAAGUAUUGCUAGUGGAGAAUUCAACAAAACUUAUAUAGAUUUAAAAGGAAGUGAGGAUGGGGCAAUUCCAACUUCUGAGAGAGUAAAAUCCUUCAUAAUUGAUGAAGAUCCUAGUUUGGUUGAGCUUUUAUUCCAGUAUGGUCGUUAUCUACUUAUUGCUUGCUCACGCCCUGGAACUCAGGCAGCAAACUUGCAGGGGAUAUGGAACAAGGAUAUGGUGCCAGCUUGGGAUGCUGCCCCUCACUUGAAUAUCAAUCUCCAGAUGAACUACUGGCCUGCUCUCCCUUGCAAUCUUAAAGAGUGCCAAGAACCUCUAUAUGACUAUAUAUCCUUUCUUUCAACUAAUGGAAGGAAAACUGCAAAAGUGAACUAUGAAGCUAGAGGCUGGGUUGUGCAUCACAUAUCUGAUAUAUGGGCAAAAACAUCCCCGUAUAGGGGAUACGAUGACAGACGAGACGUUGAGUACUCUAUAUGGCAGAUGGGUGGAGCCUGGAUCUGUACCCAUUUAUGGGAGCAUUAUACUUAUACAAUGGACAGAGAUUUUCUAGAAAAGAAAAUAUAUCCCUUGUUGGAAGGCUGUACUUUAUUUCUGUUGGACUGGUUGAUUGAAGGAAGAGAAGGAUAUCUUGAAACCAACCCAUCCAGCUCUCCUGAGCAUUAUUUUCUUGCCCCAGAUGGUGAAAUUGCCAGUUUGAGUUACUCAACAACCAUGGACAUGUCAAUCAUUAGAGAAGUUUUCUCUGCCAUAGUUUCUGCUGCCAAGGUUUUGAACAAAAGUGAGGAUGAGCUGAUUGUGAGAGUUCAGAAAGCUCAAUCACGUCUUUAUCCAACCAAAAUUGCUAGGGAUGGUUCUGUAAUGGAAUGGGCAAAAGAUUUCAAGGAUCCAGACGUGCAUCAUCGGCACCUGUCUCACCUUUUUGGCCUCUUUCCAGGGCACACAAUUACACCUGAGAAAACUCCUGACCUCUGUAAAGCUGCAGAAAAUAGCUUAUAUAAAAGAGGAGAGGGUGGGCCAGGAUGGUCUACUGCAUGGAAAAUUGCUCUAUGGGCACACCUUCUUGAUAGUGAACAAGCCUACCACAUGGUUAAGCAUCUAUUUCAUCUGGUGGAUCCUGAAAAUGAGGCCAAGUUUGAAGGGGGACUUUACAAUAACCUGUUUGCCGCACACCCACCAUUCCAGAUUGAUGCCAACUUUGGCUUCAAGGCAGCAGUAUCAGAAAUGCUGGUUCAGAGCAGCAUGACAGAUUUAUACUUGCUUCCCACUCUUCCUCGAGAUAAAUGGCCAAAUGGUUGUGUUAAGGGGUUGAAGGCGCGUAGUGAUUUGACAGUCAGCAUAUGCUGGAAAGAAGGGGAACUUCACGAAGUUGGCCUUUGGUCGAAGGAUCACAAGACUAUAAUGAGAUUACAUUAUCAAAUGAUUACUAUGACAGCAACCAUAACGUCAGGAAGAGUUUACACAUUCAACAAGGAGUUAAAAUGCCUGAAGAGCAAUGCUCUGCCCAAUUGCUUAUCUUCAUAGAGGGCUUCAUGAAGGUCCUCAAUAACACAGCAUGACAGCACCAGAGCCUUGUUUAUUCCUACUUCAAACAUCCUGAAAGUAAUGUGCAGCAAUUUCCGAGGGUGGAGACAUUUUAGCAACCUGCUUGUACUGUUUACAAGAGAAAAAAUGUUGUCAGUGUGUGGGUGAUGUAGUUAGUUGGGCUUCAUUGGAAGCACUCCUGGCAAUAUAUUGAAAGGAAAUAAACCAUAGAUAUUAGCUAGUUGGAAGACUUC